AUGCCAGAGCUGGUGUGCGCGCGCUUCCUGCCGUGGAUGGAUGUAGGGCUCGUGGUCAGCAUAUGCCUGGGGGGAGCGUUCGUCGGAUGCCAGUUCAGCGGCUCCGUCGCCGACGGAAUCGUCCGGCGCCGCGCUUUUCAGCUCAGCGCGCUGCCCAUGAUCAUGGGAGCCGCCUUAAGCUGCCCCUGGUUCAAUUCCUCCCAAGAGCGGAUCUACGCCAAAGGGCAACUUUUCUUGCUCACGCGGAUAACGACCACUGGCUGCUCCACAAUAACGACAAGCACGACGGCUUUGACGAAGUUGUCCGCCGCCGACACCGAAGAGCAAGCCCGCCUUCUCCAGACUUGCAUGACGGGAGGGGAGGGGGCGGCCACUGCCUCCUUCACACACCAAGCCGCCAACACCGAAGAGCAAGCCCGCCUUCUCCAGAGUUUGCGAAGAAGCUUUACGUUCAGGGCAUCGUUGUUUGCAGAGAGUGGUGGACACUACUUUGAUCCUUUGACAUAUAGUUCUUCAUAAUGUGAUAGUGUAUAGGCCUUCUUCCUGGGGACCUACUUCUCAACUACUGCACUCCUUGGCUGCUACCGAACAAAAAAUUUACAAAUCUGUCUACAUGUUUUGUUUCUAUAUAUUUACAAAUAUCCUAUCAAUCCAUUUUUAAAAUGGAUGGGCGCGGCAACGCGCGCCUUUCAUGA